AUGGAGAGAGCAUCCAAACAUUUCAAGGCGGGUCAAGGAGAAACUUCAAGUAGAGCACAAGUUCAAGGCAAACCAAUAUGUCCACCAGGGUUUUCUCAACAACCAAGAGCUCAAAAACUUCACCCUCCUCAAGGGUCUCAAUCUAGUUCUCUUGAAAUCUUAAUGAGAGAUUAUAUGGCCAAGAAUGAUGACAUUUUGAUAAAGAAGAGGAGGCUUGAUGAAUUUGAAAUGGUUGCUUUAAUAGAGGGCUGUAAUGCAAUGCUGAAAAGUAAAAUUCCCUCAAAGUUGAAAGAUCUAGGAAGUUUUACAAUUCCAUGCUUCAUUGGCGGAACAGAUGUGCGUAGAGCUUUAUGUGAUUUGAGGGCUAGUAUCAAUCUAAUGUAUGUGUCAAUUUUUAAGCAAUUGGGAAUUGGAGAAGCCAGGUCAACCACCGUCACUUUACAAUUGGCGGAUCGAUCUAUGGGCCAUGUGGAGGGAAAGAUUGGGAUGUGUUAUUGA